CAAAUUUGGAGGGCCGGGUGUACACCUUUCUAAAAUUCCCCAAUCCAUCCACGGCCAUAGUUUUCUGGACUCGCUGUGCCCAGGAGCUCUGUCAGUACAGCCAUGGCUUCCAAAAUCUCGCUCAAGCUUUCCAAUCGAGCCCCUAAGAAACCACUUCGGAAGCUCCCCCCUACCAUCGAGCUGUCCCUCGACGCCGAGGUCGAAGAUGCCAAGAAGGCCAUCGCCCGCCAGGCUGGCGUGAAGGAUUUCAACCGCAUUGGUCUCUUCCACCCCUCCACGAGAAAGAGGAUCGGGGACCGCAGGGCCCUGAUCCGCAACCUGGAAGAUGUCACAUCGUCAGGAGAGCUCCUCGUCCAGGACUUGGGCCCCCAGAUGGGAUGGCGAACCGUCUACCUCGUCGAGUACCUGGGGCCGCUCCUCUUCCACGCCCUCUUCUACUCGAUCCGCCCGCAGCUGGCCAAGGUCGACCCGUACUUCUACAAGGGCGCGGACAAGCUGCCGGUGACGGUGGUGCAGCAGGCGUGCUUCUACAUGUUCAUGGCGCACUUUGCCAAGCGCGAGCUCGAGACGGCCUUCCUGCACAACUUCUCGGCCAGCACCAUGCCGGCCUGGAACAUCGUGCGCAACUCCUUCUUCUACUGGGCCUCGGCCGGCCUGCUGUGCGGCUACAUGAUCUACUCGCCCAGGUCGUUCGCCGCCCGCGACUCGUUCGGCCUCCUCGACUACGUCGGCCUCGCGCUGUACGCCGGCGGCGAGCUGUGCAACUUUGUCGUGCACGUGCACCUGGCGGGCCUGCGCCGGCCCGGCACCACCGAGAAGGGCAUCCCCAGCUGCAUCGGGUCCAGCCUCGUCACCUCCCCCAACUACAUGUUUGAGAUCAUCGCGUGGAUCGGCGUCAUCCUCGUCGCGAGGGAGUGGUCCGUGGUCCUGUUCAUCUCCAUCGGCAUCUCGUACAUGAUCCCGUGGUCGCGUGACAAGGAGAAGGCGCUGAGGGCCCACUUUGGCGACAAGUACAAGAAGAAGAGGUACACCAUGUUCCCCGGGCUCGCCUAGGCGGGGUGACACGCAGGUGUGCUGGCACUUGUAGGGCUUGGGAGUGGUGGGCAGGUGUGACUGAGUCUCAUUCGGUCAUUGUCCCAUGCCAAUGCGGGCAAUACUAUGCUAGAACAGAUGGAAUCGCAAGUGACGCUAGUCUAACAUUAAUAGAAAGGGGCUCGGCCAGGCUAUUCGUGGUAUCGGUAAAUUCAUCAAUCAUGACAGGUCCAAGUUGCAUGCUGCUCGACACCGAGUCGUGUGAAUCAGCUCCGCCACCAAAAUCUCCUCAGCCAGCCUGUCGAUGUCGGUGACUGCUGUGGUGCUGGUGUUGGUCCGCUGGCCGAGACGAGGUCGACAAGCAUAUUCGGCUCAGGGCCGGCUGGCCUAGUCCGCGAUGAUUCCUGGGUCGUCGGGUCGAGGUCCAUGGCAUUCGUAGACGGGGGCUCGUCCAGCUGCUUGCCCUUCCCCUUGCCCUUGGCCGCGGCAUCCUCGCCGACACGUUCGACAUCAAGAUCCCCGUCCCCAUCGCCAUCCGCCAUCCUCACGUCCCCGUCCCCAUCCUCGUCCCCAUCCCCAACAACGCUGCCCCCCUCACUCCCAGACCAGCUCCCGCUCUCGCUCCCCGUCCAGCUUCCACUCUCGCUCCCGCUCCCGCCGCUCCCCUCGUGGACGAGCCUCAUGGUCUCCUCGAGCACGAGGAAGUCCCUCUCGAGGCGCUCGGCCCAGUUCUGGACGUCGCCCAGCUCCUUGACCUGGCGCGACCCGUUGUUGAGGACCUUGAGCAGCCUGUCGUCCUCGCGGCGCAGGUCGGCCAGGGCGCGCUCGACGUCGCGCUCCUGCUUCUCGAUGGCGGCCUGGUUCGCGUGCAGCAGCGAGGCGCGCGUCUGCAGCUCGUGGUCGAGCGUGUUGCCGAUGCUCGCCACCAGUGCCGUGCGCGCCUGGGCGAUCUGCUCCUGCUCUGCCUCGGUGGGCAGGUGCGAGGGGUUCGUCGGGGAGGCUGGGGCGCGGCCUGCUGCUGCUGCUGCUGCUGCUGAUGAGGAGGAGGGUGGUGGAGGCCUGUGCUGGGCGUGGGGGUGGGCUUGGGCGGGGUGGGGGAUGUGUGGUUGGUGAGGGUUGUGGUGAGGGUGGGCGUGGGCGUGAGCGGGAGGAUGUGUCUGCUGGGCCUCGUGGGCCUGUGUCCCGGCUGCUACGCCGGGUGGCGCCGGGACGGGGUGGUUGUUGUUGUUAUUAUUGUUGUUGUUGUUGUUGAUAUGAGGAUGAGGAUGAGGAUGAGGAUGAGGCGGAUGGGCAGCAGACGAGGCGGAGGACGGGCCGGUCGUGGACGGGCCUCCUCCGCCGCCGCGAGAGCUCCCGCUCGGAAAGACCGUGCUCCUGCUGGUGGUGGUCGGGGGCGAGGACGAUGAUACGGUGGUAGCCGUCACCGAUGCCGACGAGGGCCGGGGCGGGCUGAUUGGUCGUAUCGAGGCGGACAUGGUCCUGGGUAUGUCCCGGCUGUUGUCUCAGGCCAGAAUUUUGAGUUGCAGGAGGGGAGAAGACAGGAUUGUCGUCAGUCGUCAGUCGUCAGGAUAAUAACCGACUGCUGAGAAGGGGAGAGGUGCUGCGGCGGCAGCUGAUUCACGCUACUGCAGGAAUUCCCAUGGGUGGGCGACUGAGUCGACUGUUCAGCGAGUGUUGGUUUUGGCCGGGCAAUCACUUGACCACUCGUCAUGGCAGCUGGCAGCACAUACAUACAUACCAAGCAGCCAUACGUACGGAGACACCCACACACCCACUCCAGGCGGGAUCCAAGUGCAUGUGCAUGUGCGGCGAAUCGUCUUCCGCCGUUGGGGAUCUGUGUUCCCUUAUAAGCGCACCAGGGGGGGUUAAACCAGGUGGGAAGCCCCUCCGGG